AUGAGGCUUCUUGCUGCCGCAGCAUUUGCAGGCCUGAGCGUGGCUGCCGAGCAACAACAAGCUAGCCACUGCUGCGAGGCUUUGAGGAAUGCAGGUCUGGGUGAGCGGAUACUGGAGCCGGACCAUGAAUCCUUCAGUGCUCGCCUCGACAACUACUUCUCCCAAAGCGCAAAGCUGUCGCCACACUGCUUUCUACAGCCCCAGAAUGCUCAAGAGGUAUCUCAAGCUGUGACAGCGCUCGUAGAGGCGAACAAGACCACACCAUGCGAGUUCGCAGUUCGAAGUGGUGGCCAUAUGCAUUUUGCCGGUGCGGCUGGUACUGAUAAAGGAGUCACGAUUGAUCUUCAUCAGAUGUCAUCUGUCGUGCAUCAUCCGAGCAACGACACAGUCUCAGUCAUGCCAGGCGCUGUAUGGGGUGAUGUAUACAAGGCUCUCGACAAACUUGGUGUAAUGGUCGUGGGAGGCCGCUCAUAUACGGUCGGAGUUGGCGGUUUGGUCAUUGGAGGUGGCAACUCUUACUACGCUGCACGCAAGGGGCUUGUUUGCGAUAAUGUGGCCCAGUUCGAAGUCGUGUUGGCGGAUGGUAGCAUUGUGACUGCUAAUCAAAACGGGCACAGUGACCUUUUUCAGGCACUGAAAGGCGGCUCCACGAACUUUGGAAUCGUCACUCGCUUCGACUUGAUGUCAUUCGAAGAAGGCAAUGUCUUUGGAGGCUUGGUCCUGUAUCCAGAGACCACGCACGAGGAGCAAUUCGACGCCCUGCUCAACUUCGGCGACAAAAUCCAGGAAGACCCCUUCGGCUCUGCGAUCGUGAUAAGUGUUUACAUGUCAGCAAUGAAAGUCCCACUCUUCAUGAAUGCGUACGACUAUACCGAGCCCGUCGACCGACCAGCUGUAUUCCAGGAAUUCUUCGCCAUUCAAGGCAACAUCUCAGAUACCACAGGAAUCAGGAACAUGACCUCACUCGCCGAAGAGCUCGAACAGCCCAAAAGUCAUCGGAUUCAGUUCAGUACGCUGACAUUCAAGAACGACAUUCGAGUCUUGAAGAAAGCGCACGAGUUGUUCAAGCAGACCAUCGCAAGCCUCGAAGAAAAGGCGAAAUUUGACUUCAAGGUUCUUGCGCUGUAUCAGCCUGUCCCGACACUGUUUGCGGAGCACGGCAAAGCCAACGGAGGAAAUGUCCUGGGUCUUGAUCGGUUUGACGAGACUCUUAUUAUGUAUGAAUCAUACUUCGCCUGGGAAGACUCCAAGGAAGAUGAGCUGUUCGAAAGCCAUGCACAGAAGCUGCGAGACGACAUCUCGGAAUAUGCAGCAAGUGUCGGUGCUGAUAAUCCUUUCAUCUACCUGGACUAUGCAGACAUUAGCCAGAGACCAUUAGAGAGCUAUGGCUCUAAGAACGUGGCAAAGAUACGUGCCGCUGCAGCAAAGUAUGACCCAGAGGGGGUGUUUCAACAUAUGAUGCCAGGUGGCUUCAAGAUCUCACAGGUUGACCCUAGAAUGGGUGUUGUCCCUGACAAGCCUCGACAUGAUGAGCUAUAA